AUUGUGGUACAUGUGUGUAUAUGAGUAGUUCAGUUAUUUAAUUUCUAUAUUUUUCCUUUUUUCGGGGAGAAAGAGAGGGAAGUAUAUCGUCUGAUCCACACUCCGGUGCAGAAGGUGGUGGUAAUGCACCAAUGACAGGAAUGCAAACUGACAUAAAACCCCCCAAAAAAGAAGAAGAAGAGGAGGGAAAAGAAGGGGAAAAAGGACGUUGACCCGACAGAAAAUGUUCCUCUGCUGACAUAAACCUUGAUUUCCCAUCAGUUCGUAUUGAUCCGUGUACGAUGGACCAGCUGAUCCGCGUGUUGGUGCUGCUCGCGGCGCUGACUUCAGUCGGAACCGCGCAAGAUCUUUGUUACUUCACGGACGGUGACGAGCGGACCUUCGAGGUGAGGCCUCCCGUCACCGAGCCGAUCGCGGCCAUCGUGUGGAAGUUCAACAGUGAUCUGGUGGCCGAGUGGGUCAAAGACAUCGUUCCUUUGGAGAUUUUCAACAGGUUUAAAACCCGCGCGACCCUGAACACGAACACCGGCAGUCUGGUCAUCAAACACAUGACUAAAGACGACGUGGGCGAGUACUCUGUUGAGAUCAACCACCAGCUCCAGAGCGGGAGAUAUGACAUGAAAUGGAUCCCGAGAGUCAACAAACCUGAGGUGAACAUAACAACGUGUUCGCCUGACUCUGAUAAAUGCACCGUGACCUGCGACGGAGGCACCGCGGAGCUGGAACCCGUCUACUACGGCUGGAGAAUAGGCUCCGCAGGAUGGAGGAUCCUGGGAAAGGACGUUGAGAUCAACAAGGCGGAUCAUGGAGGUGUUGAGUACAUCACCUGCCGGAUGAGUAGCUCGGUCGGUGAAGAAGAGAGUGACCCGGUCAGAAAUCCGCUCCUCCCGGACCCGGUGCUCUCAGCUGUAAUUGGGUAACUGUGGGCGAAAAUAAAUGAAUCUACCAAAAGUAUCGCAUUAAAGUUUCUUGUAGUAAAGCACCUUAGGAACGCUGUCACUUUUUUUGUUUGCUGCCUAAAGUAAACUCUUCUUUUGUCUGGCGAUGCCACUUUUUUCAUGUUAAUCUUGCUGUUUUGCAUAUGAACAGUUUUAUAAAGUGCCUUGAAAAUAAAGGUUUGACACGGGA